AAGGGAAGGUAGGCCUGCAGAUUCUAACAUCAUUCCCAUCUAACGAAUCACCUUAAAUCCUCACAUUAGCACUUCCCAGUCCAAACGCCGUGCUCUACUUGGCUUUAUCGCAUUCCAGAGAUCCCCAAAAUCAUCAAAGUUUCCUUUCUCAAAACCCUCCAUCAGAGAAAUUCUCCUUUCUCUAAUGGGUUUUCAAGGAGAUGAAGAAUCCAGCAAUAAUAAUUUGCCAACCAAAUCCAUUUUCAGGUACAACUCACCCUUUGUCCAGGUCACCCUUAUAGGUUUUGUGUGCUUCUGCUGCCCAGGAAUGUUCAAUGCCCUCUCCGGAAUGGGUGGAGGCGGCCAGGUCGACCCCACUGCUGCAAACAACGCCAACACCGCACUCUACACCGCCUUUGCCGUCUUCGGCAUCCUGGGUGGUGGCAUCUACAACAUACUUGGUCCCCGUCUCACCCUCGUUGCCGGUUGCAGCACUUAUGUCUUAUACGCUGGCUCUUUCCUCUACUACAACCACUACAAGCAUCAGGCUUUUGCCAUCGUCGCCGGUGCCAUACUUGGCAUCGGUGCGGGCCUACUCUGGGCCGGCGAGGGGGCUAUCAUGACCUCUUAUCCUCCUCCACAUCGGAAGGGGACUUAUAUUUCCCUCUUCUGGAGCAUUUUUAAUAUGGGAGGAGUCAUCGGUGGGCUAAUUCCAUUCAUUCUCAAUUACCAUCGCAGUGAGGCCGCUUCGGUCAACGACGGCACCUAUAUCGGCUUUAUGUGCUUUAUGACCGUUGGAACACUGCUUUCCUUUGCUAUUUUGCCCCCUAGCAAGGUUGUCCGCGAUGAUGGCACCGUUUGCACCCAUAUCAAGUACUCUAAGGUCUCUACGGAAGCCGUUGAGAUUAUGAAGUUGUUCCUCAACUGGAAGAUGCUUCUAAUGAUCCCUGCUUCUUGGGCCAGCAAUUUCUUUUACAGCUACCAGUUCAAUAAUGUGAACGCAGCACACUUCAAUUUGAGAACGAGGGGCUUGAACAAUGUCUUCUACUGGGGUGCCCAGAUGCUGGGCUCUGUUGGAAUUGGAUACAUUUUGGACUUCAGUUUCCAGAGCAGAAGGACGAGGGGAUUUGUUGGGAUUGCGAUUGUAGGAGUGCUUGGGACUGCAAUCUGGGGAGGUGGACUGGCCAACCAGGUCAAUUACUCCUACCACGAUCUGCCUCCCAAGUUGGAUUUUAAGGACUCUCGUUCUGAUUUUGCAGGGCCUUUCGUUCUGUAUUUCAGUUAUGGAUUGCUAGAUUCCAUGUUCCAAAGCUUGGUCUACUGGGUCAUUGGAGCUCUGGCUGACGACUCUGAGAUUCUUAGCAGAUACGUUGGUUUCUACAAGGGAGUGCAAAGUGCAGGGGCUGCUGUUGCCUGGCAAAUUGAUACGCACAAAGUUCCAAUGCUUUCGCAGUUGAUUGUGAAUUGGUCUCUCACUACAUUGAGUUAUCCAUUGCUGUUUGUUCUCGUAAUGCUUGCAGUUCAGGAUGAUCACAAGAGUAAAGAGAGAAGCGCCAGUGAUUUGGCUGACCCUGAUUCAGCAAAAGACACAGACAAGCCAGUUUAAUCCCCUUCUGCUACUCUUGAUGUACUAAGAGCGAAAGGGCAAUCGAAAUUUUAUGUCUUGUCAAGUGUCAUAUUCUCGCUACUGUUUGAUUCUCUUCCUAUUGCUGUAGAAUACAUGUGCUUUUUGUUCUUUCCCAUACAUGGUAUACUUGUAGCUUUAA